GAAAAACUAAAUGCCAUUAUAUAUCACCGAAAGAGCCAGGCUGCCAGUGCUAAAACUUGAGAGGAAAUGGCUCAGCUACCAUGGUUAAUGCUACAGUCAUGGCAAGAGCUACACAAAAUACCAGUACUCAAUCCCUACCUAUCUCUUCUUUUCAUCUUUUCAAUUCUAUAUGUUUCUAAACUUAUACUCAAAAGUGGCAAAUCCAAUUUACCUCCAUCCCCAACAAAGCUGCCAAUCAUAGGCAACCUUCACCAGCUUGGCACACUCCCACAUCGCUCUUUUCGAUCCCUUUCUAAGAAGUAUGGCCCCGUAAUGCUCUUACACUUGGGUCAUGCUCCAUCCCUUGUGGUGUCAUCUGCAGAUAUGGCUAGAGAAGUCAUGAAGACACAUGAUAUCACUUUCUCAAAUCGGCCAAGAACUACAGCUGCUGACAUCUUACUAUACGGUUGUACAGACAUAGGGUUUGCAUCCUAUGGUGAAUAUUGGAGACAAGCAAGGAAAAUCUGCGUCCUUGAACUUUUGAGCCUCAGAAGGGUUCAAUCAUUCCAAUAUGUAAGGGAAGAAGAGGUUAUUUUAUUAACAAAUAGGAUACGUGAGUCAUGCCUCAAACAAACUUCUAUUAAUCUAAGCGAAAUGUUCUUUGCCACCUCAAACAAUAUAGUCUCUAGAUGUACGCUCGGACAGAAGUAUGAAGGAGGAGAUGGUAAAAGCAGGUUUCAACAACUAGCAAGAAGGCUAAUGGUGCUAUUGACAGCAUUCUGCGUCAGAGAUUUCUUCCCUUUUCUAGGAUGGAUUGAUGUUCUUACAGGACUAAUCUCAAGUUUGAAAGCCAUUGUCAGAGAAAUUGAUCCAUUUUUAGAUCAAGUCAUUGAAGAACACAAGAAAAUGAGAAGCGAUCAUGAUCGUUACCAACCAAAUAAGAAAGACUUUGUUGACAUUCUUCUCCAACUUCAAGAGGACGGUAUGCUUGACUAUAAGUUCACUCAAGACAACCUCAAAGCAAUCUUACUGGACAUGUUUGUGGGAGGAAGUGAGACAUCAUCAACAACUUUGGAAUGGUUAAUGUCAGAGCUCAUAAAAAAUCCGAACAUUAUGAAGAGAGCACAAGAAGAGGUGAGAAGAGUGGUGGGCAACAAGUUGAAGAUAGAUGAGAAUGACAUCAAUCAAAUGGGUUACUUGAAAUGUAUUAUUAAGGAAACUCUCAGACUCCAUCCAGCACUUCCUUUUUUGAUACCUCGAGAAACUUCAGCAAGGGUGCAAUUUGGCGGUUUUGAUAUACCUCCUGAAACAAGAGUAUUUAUCAAUGUAUGGGCAAUCCAAAGGGACCCUAAAGUAUGGGAAAGGCCGGAAGAGUUUCUCCCCGAGAGAUUCAUUGACAAUCCUGUUGAUUUUAGAGGCCAAGACUUUGAAUUUCUUCCAUUUGGAGGUGGGAGAAGGGGAUGCCCAGGGUUGACAUUUGCUCUCGCUUCAGUUGAGUAUGUGAUUGCCAACAUGUUAUGUUGGUUUGAUUGGAGGUUGCCGAAAGCUAGUGUAAAGGGGCAAGACUUGGACAUGGGAGAAGUUUAUGGGCUCACUGUGGGUAAGAAAAUUCCUCUCCAUUUGAUACCAACACUACACUCUCUUUGAACCAUCGAUCCAUCCAGCCAUUUAAGAUAAGAUUGAUUAUGGUUGCGCACGUAAUAUUUCUUUUUGUUGCAAGAGGGUGACCCUAGCUGUAGUGGCGAUUCACCAUUUGCUGACAAGCACUGGUUAUGGAUGGUGGUCACAUGAUUGCGGUUUUUACUCUGGUUGCUAUCACGAUUCAUGAUAGUGUUCAUGAGCUUCGUUUCAAUCAUUGUAUUUGCAUGAAAAAGUUUCUAUGUUUUUAAUUUAGUUUGGGAUCUUUUCUUAAUAAUUCUUCUCAGGCGUUGGGAGCUAUUUAAUUAAGCCAUUAAUUAAGGAAGGUUCAUGUCUUUCAUUUAGUGCACUUUAAUAUGGCUAAAAUAAUCAUGUACUGUCUAUAUAUUAUAAAUAAAACGGGAAAAAUUGGCCGAGAAA